ACUUGGGUAGCUUUGCUGGAAGGAUUUAAAAGUGACUUUAAGAAACAUUACCACCAUUUUGAAAAGUUCCACUUUCAAAUACAUGAAAAGAAAAGUUUGAGGGGAUUCCUAAAGCUGUUUUGCAGCUUGCAGGAAGCCCCCAGAAGAUGGAAACUGUGAAUGCUUUCCUCACAUGGACUAGCCUUGUUGUUUUGGGAAAUCCUGAGUGUCUAACUGUAGCCCAGCUUGUGCUGGUGAAUAGAGGGAUCAGCAUUGAAAGAGGACUAUCUGUGUAUGUGACUGAAAAUGACCUACAGUUUAACAUUUCUAAAAAGAUGGACUCUUGCAAAGUAGAAGUGGUUUUAAAUGAGCCAGUGACACAGAGAGUUGGGAAGCUGACACCUGAGGUAUUUGAUUGCCAUUUCUUACCCAAUGAGGUUAAAUAUGUCCAUAAUGGCUGCCCGCUGCUAAAAGAAGACAGUGUGAUGCUGAGAGUAUACAGGUUUACAGAACUGGAGACCUUUGUGGAGAAGUUUGUUCUUCAUAUAGAGAUCAGAAGUUCAAAAUCAAGUCUCAUUCAGUUUGGAAAAAUCUCUUUGGAAGUUCCAGAUUUCUUUGGAACUUCUCAGCCAAUUGACAGAAAUGUUUUAACUUUCAACUAUAAUAAAGUCAGUAAAGCUUGCGCAGUGAAAAUCAUGCCAUCUGAAGAACUGCUCUUUCCUGCUGUGGGCCAAAUAGUUUUUGCUGACUCCAGAAAUCAGAAAAAUGAAGAUACAUCAGAUUAUCAAAAACUGCAAAAAGCUAGGGAAUCUAAAGUGUCUUGUUCCUCUAAUGCUGCCUGCUAUUCAAGAUUUGAAAAAAUAGAGCUACUGAAAAUGAGCUGUGAAGAUUUUCUAGAGAUAGGACUUAGGUACCAACACCUUAGCCCACCAUCACCUGAUAUGGAUUAUAUACCAAUUCAUGUGGAAAUCCAAGGAAAAAAGAGUAGAUAUCCAUUACAGGCUGAAAAUGUAUGGAUUCCUGUGAUGAUAACAGGGGCUAUUCCCAACAGACAACCUCAAGCUGCAUUCAUGUCCAUGUUCAUCCUGGAGAUCGAUGAAUUUAUUCUUACUCCUGUUACAACAGUGACUUUGGAUGCUGAAGAUGAAGACUCCCCAAGAGAAAGAUUGGUAUUCAAUAUUACUAAACCUCCUUCUCAGGGAUACAUUACCCACCUGGAAGACCAUUCUAAGGCCAUUACAUCUUUCACCUGGCAGGAUUUGUAUGAGACAAAAAUUGCUUUCCAGCCGCCCAAUAUUUCUCAUUCUGAGAGACAGAACUAUGAGGUUGAGUUUCAAGCAAUUGAUAGCUUCUUCAUGAACAGUUUUCCUAUUUUGGUCCAUUUUUCAAUACGAGGUGCAGAAACCAAUGCUCCUAGAGUCUCAUGGAACAUGGGACUCAACUUAUUGGAAGGACAGUCUCGCCCAAUUACCUGGGAAAUCCUUCAGAUUGUAGACAAUGAUAACCUUGAUGCUGUUCAACUGCUUGUGGUGGAAGGCUUGAUUCAUGGUUGGCUCACAAUCCAAGGAAACAAAGGCUUCAAAUUUGGAGUCAAAGAUCUCAGAAAUGGAGUUGUCUAUUACCAUCAUGAUGACAGUGACACAGCUAGUGAUGACAUUGUCUUCAGAAUCUUUGAUGGAAAACACAGUCUUAGACAUAAAUUUCCUAUUAACAUUCUUCCUAAAGAUGACAGUCCACCAUUCCUGGUGAAUAAUCUUGUCCUUGAGCUGAAAGAAGGAGAGACGGUCCUGAUUGAAAAUCGCAUACUUAUGGCAUCUGAUUUUGAUUCAAGUGACGAUUAUAUUCUCUAUACAAUAACUGAACCACCCAGUGCUGGAGAAAUUAUCAAACAACAUUUCCCAGAUGGAUCAGGUGUCCCUGUGAUGACCUUCUUGCAAAGAGAUCUCUUCCAUGGAUCAGUUUACUAUCAUCACUUUGGAGGAGAAAUCUUCCAAGACUCCUAUGAGUUUACUGUAGCUGAUAGUCAAGAACCACCUAACCUUUCAAAUCCUCAGAUUAUGAUGAUUUACAUUACUCCUGUGAAAGACCAUUUGCCUAAGGAAGUCCCUGGAACUAUAAGGCACCUUGCUGUAAAGGAAGCAGAGAUUGUGCCUAUCACAAAGGACCACCUCCAUUUUACAGACAGUGAACUGCCAGACAACCAGCUUAUUUACACAGUUACUAAGCCUUGUUUCUCUCCUACUUCUCCUAGACUUCAUGAUUCAGGAAAGCUAAUUUUCAUGGACAGCAUGAAAAGUUAUAUGGAAAACUUGACUAUUCCUAUUCUGUCAUCUUUCACUCAGCAUGCUGUAACACAUAUGAAAGUGGCAUAUAUGCCCCCGUUGAUGGAGAUGGGCCCUGACCCAUUGUUUAUACAGUUUGAGUUCUCUGUCAGUGACCAGCAGGGAGGAAUGGUGACUGGUCUCCUCUUUAAUAUCACUGUGAUGCCUGUGGAUGAUGAAACACCUGAGAUAUUCACCAAUCAACUAAAAAUAGAGGAGGGUGCCAGUUCAUUCAUCACUGGAGAGCAUCUCAUGAUAACUGAUAAGGACACAAAGAACAGUGAUAUACAAAUUAAAUUGAAGAAAUCUCCUUCCUGUGGACAUAUUCAGCUACAUGGACAUGUUAUGCUAGAAGAGGAGCAAUUUACCCUUGAGGAUUUAUAUUCUUCUAGUGUUUGGUAUCAGCAUGACAGUUCUGAAACCCUUGAAGACAGAGUCAUAUUUUCAGCAACAGAUGGAUUUAACACUGCAGAUGGAACGUUAAGAGUACAGAUAAUACCAAUUAAUGAUGAGCCACCAGAGCUGUUGUUGGGAUUACAAUCAACUUUGCAAUGCCAGGAGGGAAAGAGUGUUGCCAUCACUGCUGAAAACCUCUAUGCAACAGAUGCUGACAGUGAGGACUCCAGGCUCACAUACAUGAUUGCUCGGGCUCCAAUGCAUGGAGUGAUUCAAAGGAAUGGCUUUGCAGUGGACAAGUUUUCACAACUGGAUGUGACUCAAGGAUCCAUCUACUAUGUACACACUGGAGGAGAAAUAGGAUACCUGUAUGUUAUGGAUACUGUAACUCUCACAAUCUUUGACGGAGAGGCAGAUGACUGUUGCAGAGAUAAAAAUGUCUCAUCACCUGUAUUCUUUCAUUCCAACUUACCCAUCUAUGAUCUGAACAUCACGGUAUUGCCCAUUAAUAACCAAUGGCCUAUCAUUCAAGUUGGUGGCAUAUUUGUGGUGGAAGAGGGGUCUUCAGCGUGUAUCACUUUACAGUAUCUGAAUGCUUCAGAUGAAGACUCAAAAGCAGAGGAGCUAAUGUUCUUGUUGGAGAAAACUCCUGAGCAUGGAUACCUGGAGAACAUUCUUCCCUCACCUGGAUAUGAAAAGAGCAAUGCUGGGCAUAACAUAAGCAUAUUCACUUUUCAAUGCCUCCAGGCUGGGUAUAUCAAUUAUGUUCAGUCCAAGCACACACAUUCAGAACCUGCCUCUGAUCUUCUCAUGAUAUCAGUUAGUGAUGGCCUUCAUAAGUCUGUAGCAAUGCCUUUCUACAUCAGCAUUGAUCCAAUUAAUGAUGAACUCCCAUCAUUGCAACUCAGGAACAUAAUGGUAAUUGAAGGUGGCGUGACUGCAAUAGGCCCUGGUACUUUGAAUUUUGAAGAUUCAGAUGUUCCACAAGAUGUUCUGAGAUUUUACAUCAGUACUCCACCUCUUCAUGGGCUAAUACUCAAUGGAAUUUAUGGCAGCAAUCUUCAACAUUACAAGAAAUUAAGCCCUGCAGUGCCUCUUCCAGACUUGCGGGUUCACAGCUUUACUGUUGAUGAACUCCAACAAGGACUGAUGCUUAUGUACAUGCAUGAUGACACAGAAAGCCUGGAGGAUAGUUUCACCAUUCAGCUGACAGAUGGCAAGCAUACAGUCCAAGGGACACUUUACAUCCACAUCAUGCCAGUCAACGAUGAAAUUCCUCAUCUUUCCAGGAACACAGGUUUAGAAGUUGAAGUUGCUGAGACUAGAGUUAUUUCCAGUGCAUCUUUAGAAGUCCAAGACAAAGAUUCUUCAAGGAAUAAGCUCCAUUAUAUCAUCAGCAACAAACCAAAAUAUGGAGACCUGAAGUUAAAGACUGCAUCAGCUUGGCGUAUUCUACAUCCUGGAAUGAAUUUCACUCAAGAUGAUAUUGAUAUGAACCACCUCUGGUAUUUCCAUACUAGCAUCCUGGUUCCAGAAAGUCAUGACAGCUUCCGAUUUUAUGUCACAGAUGGGCAGAACACCUCUCCAGUAGAAAGCUUCUAUAUCUUCAUUAAAACUGUUAAUAAAGGUGACAUUGUUCUAUUCACCAAACCUGUAACUUUAACAGAGGGUGACAGGGUGACCUUGACGACAGAUGUUCUUAUGGCAACAGAUGGCACUGGCAAACCCGAGAAGCUGCUGUAUGCCAUUUCUGUGCCACCUGUGCAUGGUCAGAUUGAGUACAUCAAUUAUCCCGGCGUGCCCAUUUCCCGCUACAGCCAAUUGGAUGUUGUGGCCCAGAAGAUUUGCUACAUUCAUGACAAUAGCCAUGAGGCCAGUAAGGAUUCAUUCAGUUUCACUAUCAGCAAUGUCCAUAUGAAGAAAAGAGGCCUGCUGGAAUUGAUCAUUGAGCAUACUGAUCGCAUUCCACCUGUCCUGCUUAAUAACAAAGGACUCUAUAUUGUAGAAGGCAGUAAAGGAUUUUUAAGUCCAACUGUUCUUCAGCUCACAGAUGUGGACAGUCCAAUAAAAAAUCUCACCUAUAUUAUCACUCAGCAUCCAAAGUAUGGACAUCUGUUUAUCAAAGACACUGUCUUACAACUGAGCCAGUUUACACAGGUGGAUAUAGAUAAUAUGAAGGUGUACUACAGACACAAUGGAGGAGCUGGACAAAUUGAUAAAUUCUCAUUUAUAGCAACAGACAAAGUCAAUCAUGGAUUUUUGGUUAAUGGGCAAUGGAGAGAAGACCCUAUAGAUUUUACAAUACAGGUAGACUGUCAAAAUAAAACUACUCCUAAGCUCCUUUUGAAAGCCAGCCCAACUAUUAUAGAAAACUUGAAAGAUGGGACGUUUGCGAUCCCCAUCUCAGGUCAUCACCUGAAAGUCACGGAUGCUAGCAGCAAAGAUGAGGAGCUCAUCUUCAGUAUUCGGCAACCUCCUUUCUUUGGAUAUCUGGAAAACCUAAAAGCAGGUAGUGUUGUGCAAAGCUCUUUUACUCAAGAUGAUUUAAACAAACAUAACAUUCGAUACAUUAUAAAUCCUUCCAUGGAGGUUACUUCAGAUACCUUUGAAUUUCAAGUCUCUAACACAGCAGGCAACACAAUAGCUCCAGAGAUCCUAGAGAUAAAAUGGUCCCGAAUACAACUGGUAGAAACAAGCUAUCGUGUCUGUGAAACUGUUGGCUCUCUUCCAAUAAAACUUCAAAGAACCGGGCAUAGUGUGGAACCAUCAUUUACUGAAAUAAGGGUCCAAGGAAUAUCAGCAAGAACUGGUUUGGACUUCAAGCACAGUACAGCAAGAUUAGUGCAAUUUGAUCCUGGUGUUUCCGUAAAGAUGUGGAAGAUUGUCAUUCUGGAUGAUGGUCUUGAAGAAAACAAUGAAUUGUUAAAAGUAAUGCUGAAUAAGCCUAAAAAUGCUGUACUGGGGCCCAAGAGGGAACUGUCUGUAAACAUUUUGGAUUCAAGUUCUGGUGGAUGUGAUUCUUCUUCAUCCUCCCAAACUGAUGAUGCUAUGGAAAUAUUAGAGAAAACUAGCAAAUAUUCAGAAAGACCAUGGUCUCCUGAUCAUUUACUUAUGGCAAGCAAAAGAAGAAAUCUCCACCAAGAAGAACAUAUGGUCAAUACUGAUCAUCAUCAUAAUAGUUCUUCUCCCAGGAGAGAUGAUUCUCAAACUGAACACUUGCUUGACCAUGGGCACACUGAUUUUCGAGUUCACACUGAUGAUAAAUCUAAAAGAAAGUAUCGAGCAACUGAACAAAGCUCUGAGAUGCAGUCCAUGAAAUGUCCUUCUGGUUGGACACUCAGAGACAAGCACUGCUACAUAUUGAGUCUGAUUAGAAAUGCGACCUGGGAAAGUGCUGAAAGAGCCUGCAGGAAAUGGCCCAAUGGCCAUCUAGCCAGUGUGCAUUCUGCAAGAGAAAUGGCAUGGCUGUGGAAGUUUGCCAAAAAACAGCCAUUUUGGAUUGGGCUAAAAGAAGACUUUGAAAAGAACAGCUGGGUGUGGAGUAAUGGUCGGCCAGUGACCUUCCAAAACUUUAAGGGAGGAAAAGCAACAGUGAACAGAUCGACAUACCAGAAAUGUGCUUUUGUACAAAUGCAGAAGAAAUGGGUUGCAAGAUCAUGUAGACAAAGGCAAAAAGGAAGAUACAUUUGUUCUGUCCCUUUGUUACCUGACACCCUAAAAAUGCUAAAAUAAUUUAAUUGUACAAUUUAUUUACUGGGAGAAACAAAGUCACUGCAAAGUCACUAUAAAUGACAAAAAAUCCUAAUGGAUCAGCAUUUUGAACUGAGACUUUCAGCUGACUGAUGCCUUCUAGCAUAUAGUGAUUUACAUGUUAAACAUGACAUCUGUUUUCAGUGAGCACAAUUAGGAAGUUUACUAGAGAACAACAGUAUUAUCGGUAAGCGGGAUCCCUUAUUUUUACCCACCAGGAAGGGGAAAUGGGCCAGUUAAGGAAGCCUAGUAAUAGUUCAGUUUAUGCUAAUAUUAUGAUUCUCACAUAAAAUGAAAGUGGCAUUUCAGGUGCUAGGUUGAUAAUAUACAAGAUAUAAGAGAUAGGAUCCUGACUCAUACAUAUAUAGAACAGUUAUAAAAUUGACAGGAAAUGUUCAUGUUUUUAUUGUCUGAUAUACAGGCCCAAUGGCCAUCUAGCAAAAUAGAGAUAUAUUAAGUAGUUCAGUUAAAAUUAAAAGUUAAAAAAAGGACGACUCUGAAAAUAUUAUUUUGUAUAAUUCUUGAUUUACACACAAUAUUUAAUAGAAAUGCAUGGGAAGUGUAUUUUUGUAAUCUAGCACAGCGUCGGGGGGAAGGGAGAGCUGUCUGCACCAAUUAUUUAAUUAUGAAAUUCUUCCAAAUCCGUGCCUUCUCGUCUUUUUUUUAUUACAAAUUAUUAAUUUCAGUUCUAAUGUGCUUUUCCAAUAGUAAAUAAAAAUACAGAAACUGUAAUGCAUUACAUUAGGCAUUACAUUAACAACUACAGUACAGAUUCAGUCAAUUUGUUCUGUCCCUAGAGGGCCUAUGAAGAAAUUAAGAACAGAAUUCAUUACUAAACUGUUUCCUUUUAUUAUGAAAUUUUUAUUGGACUAGAUUGUGUCAAAAAGCACAGGGACAUUAUGUAUUUUUCUCUAGCUGCUCAAGGGGGCAAUUUCUGUUGGAGAAAUAAUGCCAGGAAAGGGAAGGGUUAAAAAAAAUUCCCCACUUUAGCAGCCUAGUACUCCUUGGAUAUAUCUUUGGGUUGCUUUUGAUGUCAAAGAAAGCACUGGAAGUUCCAAUCCUACAAAAUGCAUAAUUUGGCCCUCCAAAAUAUUUCAGGAAAAUGAUAGGUGUCACAAUUUUUCAUCCUUCGUAUCCCGGCUGACGUUCAGUACUUGCAUACUGGAUAAAAUCAAUUUUAUGUACUAAUUAAAUAUUAUAUAUGUAUCUUAUUGUUUGAAAACAUGUCAUUUUACAUGUUUGUUUUUGUUUGUGUAUUUGUGUGUUCGUAUCUGAGACAGAGGGAGAGAGAGAUCUAGCAAUAGACUGAUUCUUGGUGCUAUCAUUAUCUUUGAUUAAAAACUUUACACUGUAUAGAUUAUUCUGAGAAAUAAAGGUUGCCUUUAUACAGUUA